CAAGGCAUGUUUUAUACGUAAGAUCAGGAUUAUAUGAAAAUGAGGAAUAUGGGGGUGACAGCACGCUCCCCCAGGGGAUAGAAUGUCACAGUGGGUUAUUGUGACAUUUUAUGAACUGGCACAUACCUUUUGCAUUUGAUCUUACAAUUGGGGUUAAGUGUUUAGGUCCAUUAAGCACAACAGACACUAGGGGCCUGUGCUGAUACUGUGUGUGGAGGGAGCUCUCUGAAGGCCUUUGGGGAAGAUCUUCUUCCCUGUGAGAGUUGGUUUUCCUGUCAGGGACCUUUCUGCCCCUGCGGAUACAGGAGAGGAAUCUCUCUAAGGGAGCAGGAGCCGUGGGGGCUCUGACUGCCUGGGAGCUGGGCAGGCUGUAGUUAGAAGCAAAUGCAGAGACCCCUGCAGUCUCCUGUUCUCUCCCUGGAUCUAGGUCUUUGAACACAGUCUGGGGGACAAGCUGUGGGUUAGGGGGUUUCUGACUCUGAAUGCUCUGUCCCCCUCACGCAGCCAUCCCUGACGAUCUCCGAAGCCCCAUCAGGAUUGAGAGAGAGGAGCAGCGCAACUUGCAUUUCUUCCCCCCGGAGUAUGGCCAUGUAGCUGACGGGACAGCUGUGGACAUUUUCUCCUUUGGAAUGUGCGCCCUGGAGAUGGCGGUGCUGGAGAUCCAGUCCAAUGGGGACAGCCGAGUCUCCGAGGAGGCGAUUGCUCGGGCAAGGCACUCCUUGGAUGAUCCCAACAUGCGGGACUUCAUUCUGGGGUGCCUGCUCCUCAACCCGGACAAGCGGCCAACAGCCCAUAAUCUGCUCUUCCACCAGGUGCUCUUUGAGGUCCACUCCCUCAAACUGCUGGCAGCGCACUGCUUCAUCAACAACCAGUACCUGAUGCCGGAGAACGUGGUGGAGGAGAAGACGAAGGAGCUGGACCUGAACAUGGUGAUGGCGGAGAUCCGGCGAGAGGGACGUCCCGCAGUGCAGUGGAGAUACUCAGAAGUCUCCUUCCUGGAGCUUGACAAGUUCCUGGAGGAUGUCAGGAAUGGGAUCUAUCCCCUGAUGAACUUCGCUGCCACCAGGCCCCAGCUGCUCCCGCGUGCACUCUCCCAGCCUCAGGAGGACCCCCAGAAAGCCAAGACCCCCACCCCGGAGCCCUUCGAUGUGGAGACGAGGAAG